AUUGGGGAUGAUCAGCCAUGAUCACAUUGAAUGGCGGUGCUGGCUCCAAGGGCCAAAUGGCCUACUCCUGCAUCUAUUGUCUAUUGUCUAUAAAUAAACAUGGAGGAAGAGUUAUGAAUAAACUGUGCAGGUCACGCAAGUCCAGAAGAAUGAGGAGAUUGCUAACCAUUUUGAAUAUUGGCAUAAUUAGCAAAGAGAUAUACCUCUGUCCUGCUGUAUCAAGAGGAAUAAUUUGCUUAACUCCCCCGAGUGAGACUUGAGCCUAUUGCCCAAGUAAUUCAAAAAUGUUGUCGUCAAAGAUGUGCAGGGAAAUUUGAUAUUUAUUUAUCUUUCCAGGAUUAAAACCUGCACAUAGAGCGUUAAAACGGGACACUUCUGCCUUUGUGGAUCAUAUCCAAGUCGAUCAUUCGGCUUCAUUAUCAACAAAACCAUAUUUGAAUUCCCACACUGAUAAAAUGUAGUAAAUAUGGAGAAAAUUACUUACUGAUAUUUAAAACAUAUAUAAAAGUAUCAGUAACUACCUUGCACAUAACACAGCCACAUUCUUACUCGGGAAAACUAAAGUGGAAAUGGCCUUGCACUUUAGAGCAUAUCAAAUGGCAUGCAAGCAAUGUGUUGCUAAAUGCCAUUGAUGCCCAAAUAGCCUUCUUCAUUUCAAUGCGAACGUCACAAGGUAGCAGACAUUUGGAGUGGGUCGGAAAAUUUCUAUGUCAGUUUGCUACUACUAAAUGUAGCCAUUGUAUGCCUUUCGAGCACAUAAAAGGAACAAAGGAAAGUAAGUGAACAGAAAGAUUCACUCAUCACUACGGCUGAAGUUGAAGCUACAUUUGGGUGAGGACUUGCUGGAUUCAUUUGCGGGCUUUUAAAUGUAAAGGUCUCACUGAGUAGUUUAAACUUUGGAAGUGGCCAAUGCAAUGAUUAAACUCUCAGUCCCAAGAACGGACUAACUUUACAGACGCUGCUGAAGAUCGUCGUAAAUUAUCCAUUUGAAAUAGAUAGAAACAUCUCAGUGGUCUUUCAUCACGUUUAUGGUGAAAACUAAUUUGGACUUGAAUUUAUUCUAAGGUAAGCCACUUUAAUCACGCUAGUCAAUUUGUCAUUGCUGUAAGGACUGCAAUCUUCUUCUAACUGUAUUAUAUUCCACAAUGAACACGCCACCCAGGAAGAACUCUAGUACGUUGGUCCAUUCCUUGGCCAAGGUAUUCGAUUCUAAUGCCAUACAGAGCCAAGGGCCACCUAGGAUAACAGGAUCCUCCAGAAAAUGCUCGAAGAGCAGUCGAAACAACUCUCUGGAGAGUUUCAAUGCGAUGGAUAUUAAACUGGAGUCCUUGAAUCAAACUGUAGAUAAAAUACUGGGUGUUCAGGAAAAUGUUGUCCAGAAGUUGGAUGGCUUAACGCAAGAUGUUGGUAGGAUCAGAAAAGACAUUGAAAUGUUGAAGACCAGCAAAGAAAUAAUGAAACAAGACACCAUCUGUCAAGGAGAAGAAAAUAAAAGCACAAAAGUUUCUGGGGAGAUUUCUAAUAUGCUAUCAACACUCAAUCAACAUUCAAAGGAGCAAACUAAGAAGAUAGAUGGAAUUGAAAAUGUCCUUCUUGGAGUGCAGCAAGUUAUUAACUAUUUAGGAGAGACGUUUAAAAAUUCUAGAAUUGCAGAGUAUAUUUGCAAAGGCCAAGUUACAUCAAAGCAACAAGGUGUUAUGAGCAGCAGUGAACAGAAGAUUUUUAAAAAGAAAAUUACGUCAGGAAAAGUAUUGUUGAGAAGGAAAAAAAUAAAGGUUAAGGACCAAAGAGCCAAUGAGGUGAAAGGAAAGCAAAAUUUAAAUGAUAAAGAAAUAAAGUCAUCUCAGAAGAAGAAAUCCCCUGAAACCAAAGGGCAAAUUCAGAAGAGUCUACACACUUUUGCAGAUACAAAGGUCCAGAAUUUAAAUAAUGAAAAUGCUAACAGCUCAAGAGUCUUUGAAGCUCAGCAUGAAGUCAAAGAUCUAACGGAGCAGAACAAUGUAACUAAAUUAAAAGGAAGCACAUCUGUGGAAGAUGUUGGACUCUUUGAACCCGAGCCUUGUAGAGUGGCAGAGGACUCGGCCUCAGCCUUCAACCCAGAAUUUUCUGAUGCCACUUCGGACACUUAUGCCGGUGGUGAAAAGAAAGAUGAAGAUGCAACUGCAGAAGAACAACGUGAACUGAAACCUGCAGGAGUGAACCAGUCAAACACUGCCAGGCAAAAUGAUGAAAGGACAGAAAGGAACAAUGUUAUGCAUGAAAACAUACAACAUAUCGGAGCACAGGCAAAAAUGCAAGCAGAAAAGGAUGACAACGAAUAUAAAGAAUUAAUAACUGAAUCAGUGCCAACAAAACGAAAUGUCUAUCUAAUAGCAAAGGAGAAUCAGGAAAGAGUAAAAGAACACCUAGAAGUUGAGGAAAGAAAUGACACAGAAAGGGACACCGGAUUUGAAUGCACGGACUCAGAUUUGACGAUCACGGAGGAAUCCAAAGGAAAAACCAUGGGGUCCCAUGUGGAAGAAACCAGCAAGGAACAGUUAACCAACAGAUGCGGUGAGAGUGAAGGAGACAUCAAUGCUUUGUUAGUAGCUGCAGCAGAACCAGAAGAAGAAACGUCUCAGAACAUUGAGCAACAGGAAGCCAAGGAUUUAAGCAACUCCAGUAAAAGGGGGACUGAGGAAGAUCUGAUAAAAGAUGACAGCAAAAAGAGCAGAGUGGAAGAAAAUGGUUGCAGUCAAGAACGUUCAUCGGUUCCUGCCUCGGGUCAGAUGACAGCAACAUCCGCUGAUGGACAGCAUGAAAUUAAUCAGGCGGUAGACGAAACUGAAGUGGAGAGGGGACACACCGUGAUUGAUGAUGGUCCUGCUCCACCUGCUCCAUUUGAACAUCGGAUUGUCUCAACGAAUGUAGCAAAAGUCAGCAAUUACUAUACGAUAAAGCAAUCUGAAAUUCUUGGAGGAGGACGAUUUGGACAAGUACACAAAUGUGUUGAAAAGUCUACAGGCCUUACCUUAGCAGCCAAAAUUAUUAAAACUAGAGCGGCCAAGCAGAAGGAGGAAGUUAAGAAUGAGAUCCAUGUUAUGAAUCAUCUGAAUCACACCAAUCUCAUCCAGCUGUAUGAUGCUUUUGAAACAAAGAAUGAUAUCAUUCUGAUCAUGGAAUAUAUUGAAGGCGGGGAACUAUUUGACAGGAUCAUUGAUGAAAACUACAACUUAACAGAAAUGGACACAAUCCUAUUUGUAAAGCAGAUUUGUGAAGGACUUCAAUAUAUGCAUCAGAUGUACAUCCUUCAUCUAGACCUUAAGCCUGAGAACAUUUUGUGCGUUAACAGGGAAGCCAAUCAAGUUAAGAUAAUCGACUUUGGCUUGGCAAGAAGAUACAAACCGAGAGAAAAACUAAAGAUAAAUUUUGGAACUCCAGAGUUUCUUGCACCUGAAGUUGUGAAUUAUGAUUUUGUAUCAUUUCCUACGGAUAUGUGGAGCCUUGGAGUAAUUGCCUACAUGUUGCUGAGUGGACUUUCUCCAUUCCUCGGGGACGAUGAUAAUGAAACCCUGAAUAACAUCCUUGCCUGUAAGUGGGACUUGGAUGAUGCUGAAUUUGAAAACGUCUCUGAAGAUGCCAAAGAAUUCAUAUCUAAACUCCUUAUCAAAGAAAAGGGCUGGAGGAUAAGUGCAAAUGAGGCCCUUAAACACCCCUGGUUGUCAGACCAAAACCUACACUACAAGCUUGGUUACAAGUGCAAGAAUAAGUGCUGCCCAGUGUCUCAAACAACCCUGGCUAACUAACAUUGCAGAGAAAGCUAAACAAUAAGAACUACUAUGCAGUGACUGCUGCAAAUCGAUUGAAGAAACUGAGCGAUUCUGGGGCUUUGGGGCCUGUGGAUGUGUGAGCUGCAUUGACUGAACCCGUUGCACCUUCCCUUUUCAGUCAGGACACUACUCAUUGUGAUUUGCCUCAACCUUGUUGAACCACCUUUACUUAUCCCUUCCAGUAAAACACAAUAUGGUUUAGGUUUAGAAAAAUGUGUUUGGGUAAAAAUGGUACAGACUCAUAAAAAUGUACGCCCAUCAUUUUGGUUUAUUUAUCCUUCCACCAAGAGUGUGGCAGUCUGAUUUGAUUGUAGUUAAUUUAGUCAAUCUCAUUAUUUAUAUUCAUUUGCUGCCAGUUUAAAAAAAAUGUAACUAGGCUUUUAUUCAUUAAUGAUGUGUAUUUAUCAUUUUAAAGCAUCCAAAAAGAAGCACAAGGGACAGUAAAUGAUCCCAACCAGCAUGAGCUUUCACGCCCUUUGCACUGAAAUGUCAGGCUGGUGAAACUGUGAAUUAAAUGAGUCAAUUAAGGUUUCAAAA